CCCCUGUAAGCUACAGCGCUGGGGCCAGCGCGUGCGAGAAGGGCGAGCAGUGGCAGCGGGCGCUGGCGCUGCUGAGCGAGAUGUGGGAGGUGAAGCUGGAUCCCGACGCCAUCACUCACACCUUGGCAGCGGGCGCUGGCGCUGCUGAGCGACAUGCGGGUGGCGAAGCUGGAGCCCACAGUCAUCUCUACAGCGCGGGGAUCAGCGCGUGCGAGAACGGGGAGCAGUGGCAGCGGGCCCUGGCGCUGCUGAGCGAGAUGUGGGAGGCGACGCUGGAGCCCAACGUCAUCUUCAGCUACAGCGCUACGAUCAGCGCGUGCCAGAAAGGCGAUCAGUGGCAGAGAGCUCUGUCGUUGCUCAGGGAAAUACUCUCCAUGAGAUUGCACCCAGGCUUCUGCCUUUAUGGCAUUGUAGCCAGCAUGUGCGAGCAAGCUGGACAAAGGAUGUUGGUGAAGUCGUUGGCAAGGGAGGUGUGCGGCGCAGUUGAAGCGGAAUGA